UUUCGUAACACACAACAACGCGCGCGCGCGCCGUGCGCCGUGAAUUACGCAGAAAGCCUCCUCUCUCUCUCGUGGCUCUCUCGGUCUCGUCUCGAUCUCUCCCACCAGAUAGAUUUAAUGAUUCCAGCUCCCUACGCUGGACUUUCGGCCGGAUCAGCGCCGGCCGCGCAUCGUCAAGUCAGCUGUCGUCCAAGUCGCCGGACAGUCGAAGGAGCCGUUCGUGUGAGCGGAGAGAAGAAGAGCUCUCUUCUCCUGUCAUUCGUGCCUUCCGAAGUUCAGUACUCGGCGAACGAGACGAGCCUGGCGUGUUGCUCUUCUACCGCAUGUAUGGCGAGAACCUCAACGUGAAGGUAAUGAGAUAGAGAGAGAGAGAGAGGAAGAGAAGAAGACCGACGAAGGUUGAAACCGGCUCCUCGAGUCGGCAAGUCUCUUGACCGAACCGGGGUUACACAGAGAGAGAGAGAGAGAGAGAAGACCGUCCGUUUCACGGCGAGACCGAACAUCCGUCAAAUUUCCGAAAGCUUCUCGCGACAUCCGCAGUAACGGGACGAUUCUCCUCGAAUUGAUUCGAUUUAACAUCUGGACCGAUCGGACGCUCGCCGGUGGAAAGUCUUCUCGUAUCUCACGGUCUGUAUUCACGCGGAGCGGAAAUUCAGCCUCGGUGGGUUCAAUGAUGUCACAGGAGCGGCCGGUUUCGUAGUCGGCAAUUCGUCGCAUCAGCAAAAAGUCUCAAGGAUAGUGCGCGAAAGUAUGCGUUUGCAUUUACCGGGCGCGCGCAGAGAAGCGCGUGCCCUCGCGCAAACGACGGGGAGUGGACCGCAGUCAGUCGCCUCUGCGUCCGUCUUGUGUGAGCGAUUAACGUCGAAAAAUUUAUGUCAUCUUGGAUAAUCGCAACAGUCGCGACACAACAAUCCGACUCCCGUGUACGGAAACCGCACGUCCUCCGUGAUUUCGUUCAAGCGACCCGGACAGAACAAUGUCUAAAAUCAGGCCGUGAGACGUCUCGAACGUGCAUUUAAGACGUCCUUCUGUAAGAUGCCCUAAAUACACGUUCGAGAGGACUUCAAAGACCUCUCGUAACCCGAUUUUAGACGCUGCCCGGGGAACGAGCUAAAGCAUUAUCAUAAUUGCAUGCAGAAUACCACGCACGCGUCCGCCCGGCAACAUAUAAUCGUGCGAUAAGUAUAUCUUAGCAUAACACGCGACUGCCACGGUGUCCUUUGUGCGAUAACAGCGGUCGGAUUGAAUGAAUGAGGAGAUAAGCGUGCGGAUUGAGAUCAAAGAGAUUCCUCUCAAAUUUCACCGAGAAAUAUUUAUUCGCAAGAGGGGCGGCGGCAAGGCCGAAACUCGACCAUGGAGCUCCGUACGUUUGUCCGGCACGUUUUCACGCUCGUCGCUCUCGUGAACUGCUGCGGAUCCGUCGACGCCGAGAAACUGAGAUUGUGCCUUGUCGAAAACAUGCACACCGCAAUAAGAGUUCAUUCACUCUGUCCUAAACUGGUCGCACUGAACAGUCCGAUAGCGUGCGUCACGGACAUCAACAGAUUCAGCUGUCUGCGUCGAUUGACCGUUGGCGAAGCUGAUUUUACCGUAUUGGAGCCAGAAGACCUCGUCGCUGCAGCGGCUUACAGCGAAUACAAUGUUCUAGUCACGAAUGAAUUAAGAUUCUUCCCAAAUGAUAAACAGCAUUUUCAAAUGGUGGCUUUAGUACAUAAAAACGUGAAGCACAUAUGGGACGUGAAAGGCAAGCGAUUCUGCCACCCUGGCUUCGACGUCAGCAACGACUGGACUAAAGCCUUCUCAAUAUACUUCGAGAACUGGAUAAUCCCGAGAGAAUGCGACCCCGAUAAGACGCUGCUCGAGAACAGAGUGCACGCUUUGUCCAAUAACUUCGAGAUGGCUUGUGUCGCCGGCUCGUGGUCGCCGGACGCGAUAUUCGACGGGCAAUUGAAAUCACAGUACAGGAAUCUCUGCGCGGCGUGCGACAACCCUGCCAGUUGUUACAUCGACGACAAGUACCACGGACGCGAGGGUGCCCUGUUAUGCCUAACUGACGACGUCGGCGACGUCGCCUGGGUCAGGCUGGAUGACACUCUCCUGCACUUCAAGAAAGAGGCGGUCGACAAGCGGAAUUACAACUAUCUGUGCUCGGACGGCGGCACCAGGCCGGUCGUGUACGACAAGCCUUGCGUCUGGAUAUCGAAACCCUGGCCGGUCAUCGUGGCUAGUUCACACAUCGCCGAGAAAAUCGCCCACACGAUGAGCCUCAUGAAGAACACGACGUUCGGCUGGGAAAUGAGUGUGUUGCAGCUGAUGGAGAACUAUCACAUUUCUCCGGUCAGUACAGAAAACCUGGAAACGCCCGAGGAUUACUUAGGACGAUUCCCGGGUUUCAUGAGCGGUAACAACCGUGCGAGCUGCCGACCUUCGCGACGGGUGCAGUGGUGCGUGGCGUCCAACUUAGAGGAACGUAAGUGUCGUUGGCUGAGAGAGGCCGCCAUCGUUUACGGCGUGGAACCGCCGAUCUCCUGUAUCCAGGAAACGAGCAGAGCGUCAUGCUUGGACGCUCUGCGAAGUCGUCGCGCGGACAUCUUCGUCGCGAGACCCGAGGAGCUUCUACAGGCGAGAAAGAAAGGCCUGAAGUCUGUCGUGUACGCGUUGUCGAACAAGAAACAGGAGCUGAACAAAAUCGCGGCGGUGGUGAAGCACGACUCGAGAUUCAAGAGCCUGAGGGAUCUCAAAGGCGCCAAGGCGUGCUUCACGGGCUACAGGAGUAUCGGCUGGAACGCUUUCGUGGCGACAAUGAGGCACGCGUCCGCCGGGAAAUGGGGUUGUCAGGACGCGCAGGCGGUCGCCGAGUUCUUCAAGGACAGCUGCGUCUUCGGCCUGAGCGACAAGAGCGAGCUGCCGGCCAAUUUGUACUCCUUGUGCAAACAAGCUAUGGGCGAUGAUAUAAGCGCCUUCGACUGCUUGACUUCCGGCCUCGCCGACGUCGCCUUUGUCAAUCUUAAGGCCAUUGAGAAGAAGACCGGUAAUUUCGAUUCAGAUCACGAUGCGAGCGAGAAUAAGGGGUACAAGGCAUUGUGCUUGGACGAACCGGACGCUCAGAAAACAGGCCCAUGCUUGCUCACUUGGACGCCUUUCGGCGCGGUGAUAGCACAUGAGAAUAUCACGAGUCUGAGGCGCGAAGAGAUUUACUCGAUGCUGCUCGAGAUGGACUAUCUGUUCGGGGCGACCCUCCCCGAGAACAUGCAGACGCCUGCUUUCUCGAUGUACGGGACUUUUGACAAGGUCCGCGACGUUAUUUUCCCGGAAGAGACGCGUCAUUUGCAAUUGCACGGUCGUCAGAUGCAGCAAGUGCGCAGUUACGAUCAGAUUGUGGAGGAUCUUCUGAAGCAGGAGGCUUGCAGCGCCGCGAGCAGGUGGAUCUCUCACUUCCCGGGGGGGAUGUUCUCACUGUGUAUGGCUGUCUUAAUUACUUCAAGUCAGUUCUUGAACUGUUGAAGCACGACGAUGAUUAUGCUCUCUAUAAGGAUACCAGUAUCGUUGUGUGUGUACCAUGUAAUGUAAUAAAGAGGAGAACAUGUGACAUCAGA